UAAAGAGAUUCAACACUUGUUGUCAACCACGUCAUCUCAGGAUUUGAUAGAGCUGGAACAACUUUAAUUUUUUUUUUUUUAAAAAAAUUCUUCAAUCUUUUUUCAUUCAUUAAUAAAAAAGAGGAAUGAACUUGUCGGAAAGUUCAACUGAGAACGCUUAUUUGCAGAUUGCAUGGAAUGCAGCGACGUGUACUCGUGGUAAACAUAGGCAUUUAUCCAAGCGUACGGUACUGCUGUAUGAUAUUCCAAGGCUCUGGUAAAUGCAUUCUGUUUUAUAGGGUUGACCACAUGUCUCUCUCUCUCUCUCUUUUAACCCUUUUCCCCACACACAUAGUCAGUGGAUGUAUACACAAGAUGCUAUGCUGCUUAAAACAAUGGCUUACUUGUUACACGGGGUAUCCACUAUCAUGCAGAAAAAGACAUUCUUCUUAUACGAGGAUUCACUUCAACUGUAUACACAACUACAGUCAUGUCUGGCUUUAAAUGCAGGCACGGAGCAUAUUGAUUUGAAGAAGCCCAUGAUCAGCUCGAAAUAUAUUACGUUACCAGAUAUAGAUGACUUGAUUGAAUUUCAGGCAGCUAAUACACCGUUUUCAAACCUGGUAAGUAAAAAAAAGAAAAAAAAAAA